AUGGCGGCUCCGGAAGCGGCGGGCGACACGACGGCGACGCUGCUGCGGGUGCUGGAGGCCCUAUACCAGACGACGGACCGAUCCACGCGGCGAGAGGCCAGCAAAUGGCUCGAGGCGUUUCAGCAGAGCAUGGACGCGUGGCAGAUAUCAGACCGGCUGCUGCACGAUGAGAGCAGCAGCAUGGAGGUCAGAUACUUCUGCGCACAGACUCUGCGAACCAAGCUGUGUCUGGCGAUUGCGGCGCUAGCAGCGCACACGCCAGCAGGAGAGUGGGGGGAAGGAGGCGUGGUGUACUGGCUGCGGCAGCAGCUGGCAGCACAGCCGGAAUCUGCUCCUGCUUUGCUGGAACUACUGACUGUAGUCGUGCAGCCCUCAUUCCCCCUCUCCUUGCACUCCCUGCCCUCGAUUCUCCCCUCCUCUCCCUGCCGUCCUCUCUCGUCAUCGCCUCUGUCAGGAGGUGGGAGCGCACAAGCUGGCAGUGCGGCUGGAGAGGAGGAGGCGGUUCUCAGCAGAGCUGGUGACGUCUGCACCGGACGUCCUCACCCCCCUCUCCCUGCUCUCCCUCCUCUCCCUCCUCUCCCUCCUUUCUUUGCCGUCCUCUCUCAUCAUCGCCUCUGUCAGGAGGUGGGAGCGCACAAGCUGGCAGUGCGGCCGGAGAGGCGGAGGCAGUUCUCAGCAGAGCUGGUGGCAUGUGCACCGGACGUCCUCACCCUCCUCGCUGCCUGCCAUGCCGCGCACCCCUCUGAUCCCGCCACUAUUGAGGCAGCACUACAUGCGUUCACGGCCUGGCUGCGCUUCAGCAACGGUCUCCUUGCCGUCCCCACUGGCUUUCCCAACGCUCUCUGUUCCCAUGUCACCCACCAAGCUGCCGCUUCCCCUCUAAUGCCCCAUCUAUCUGCUGCGACUCUCAUGGCGCAUCCACUCGUUCCUGUUGCCUUGGAGGGCUUGCAAUCCGCAGACAUGUUUGAGCCGUCAGUUGAAGCCGUGUGUGAGCUGAUCCGCUUCUCAGUCUCUGGCGGUCCGGCGGCAUUGGCAGCGAACAUGCAGCUGGUGCAGCUGAUAGUGCCGCGCAUCAUGGCGCUGCUGCCACGCUUCUCUGCUGCGCUCAAAGUGGUGCAGGCGCAUCAGCAGGGGCAGACAGACGCGGAGCCAGAGGAGGACGAGGACACGAUGAAGGCCAUGGCGCGACUGUUUGCAGAAAUCGGCGAGGCAUAUGUGGACCUGAUUGCCAGCGGCUCCCCUGAGUCGAUGAUGAUAGCAGAGGCGCUGGUGCAAGUGACAUCGCACCCCGACUUCGACAUCGCAUCCACCACCUUCAACUUCUGGCAUGCGCUCGGCUCACACCUCACCACACGGCCGCGGCAUGAGGAGAAUGUGGCGUCAGAUGCAGCAGCGCAUGCAGAGAGGGAGAGGCGGCUCGCGCUCUUCAAGCCCAUCUUUGAACUCCUUGUAUCCCUGGUGAGCUUCAGAGUGCGGUACCCCCCUGGCCACGAGAACUGGCGCAGUGACGAGAAGGCAGACUUUAAGCAAACACGCUACGCUGUGGCCGAUGUGUUGACAGAUGUUCUGUACGUGCUCGGGGGAGAGAGAUUGCUACAGCUGCUCGCUCAACCUCUCUUCCAGAUAGCAGAGGGAGCAGCACGGGGGCAGGAGUACGACUGGAGGGCCUUGGAGGCGUCGCUGUAUUGCAUCCGAGCCAUUGCAGGCUCGCACCUCCUGCGAGAGCAAACCAUCCUGCCGCAGCUCAUGGCUCUGCUACCCAUGCUGCCCCCUCAGCCUCAGCUAUUGUACACAGCAUCUCUGACCAUAGCCGCCUACUGUGACUGGAUAGCCGCUGCUCCCAACGCGCCCUCCAUGCUGCCUCCGCUGCUCACUCUCCUCACCAACGCGCUGGGAGCAGGCGAGGACGCCGCCCCUGCUGCAGCCCUCGCACUGAAGCACAUCUGCGAUGCGUCACGGCAGCACCUGCUGUCGUCGAUCGACCCGCUGCUGCAGCUGUACAACCGAGUGAUGGUGUCAGAUGCUGCUCUUGCACUGCAGCCAGAGGACGAACUGCAGAUCGUGGAAGCACUCAGUGUGGUGGUGAGUGUGCUACCACCAGACCAGUGCCCCAAGGCAGUCUCCGCGCUGUUGCAGCCUCUCACUGCAGCACUUCAGCAAGUGGUGACAGCAGCAGCGCAGGCACCAGGAGGGCCUGCAUCCAUGCUAGCAGCGCAAUAUGUGGUGCAUAUAGACAGAAUCGCCAACAUCUUUAGAUACGUCAGUCAGAACCAGCCUUUAGCAGACGCCUUUCAACAACUAUGGCCUCUCUUCCAGGCUGUCUUCGCUCAAAAGCCCACAGACAUGCGAGUCAUGGAAAGGCUAUGUCGAGCAUGCAAAUACGCGAUCCGGGGAGGGAAAACGGCCAUGGCGCCAGUGCUAGCGCCUCUCCUGCAGGAGCUGCAGGUGCAAUACGAGCAGCACCAGCAACCAUGCCUGCUAUACGUGGCCAGUGAAAUCAUCAAGGUGUUUGGUUCGGACGUAAACUGUGCAGCAUACCUGCAGCAGCUCAUCGCAGUGCUAUUCGCCCGCACCACCGCGUCCCUGCAAUCCCUUGACGACUUCACAUUGAAACCGGAUGUGGCGGACGAUUGCUUCCUCCUUGCAUCGCGCUGCAUGCGGUACUGCGGGCAUCUGUUUGUGCCCACACCAGCCUUCCUUGCGGUGCUCGACAGUGCUCUCGCAGGCCUGCUCGUGCAGCACAGGGAGGCGUGCAAGUCGGUUCUCAGUUUCCUCAAGGACGUGCUAGACUUCCCGUUCUCGGAGCGCGGCCGUCCCUUCCGCGCCAACAUAGAGGCCGCCGUGGGCCCGCGUGGCCCCACUCUCUGCCGCCUGCUGCUCGCCGCUGCCACUGGCGGGCUGCCCGAGUCUCGCAAUGAUGAGGUGGUUGAUCUCCUGGUGGCGUUGCAAGUGUGUUGUGGGGGGAUUGUCUUGCAAUGGCUGCAAGCCAUUCUCGACGCCAUCCCUGCUGCUGCUGCCUCGCAUGCCGAGAGGAUGGCUCUACUGCAGGCGAUUGUAGCAGCUGGCAAUGCGUCAACACCACGCGACGCCACCAAUCAUGUGCUGCCAGCUGUGGACGAUUUGUCAGGCUCUUGUCGGCGGUCAAAGCGCGUGCUAGAUGCAGUGCAGCAGGCUCUGCUAGGGGGUAAGGUCGCUGGGAGGUGA